AAACUGCACAUUUCAGAGUGGCCUUUUAUUGUGGCCAGCCUAAAGCACAGCUGCGCCUUUUGUGUAUGUAGAAAAAGUUUUAGACCUUUGAGUCCAGCUCACGAAAAAUGGGAGCAAAAACAAGUGUUGCAUUUAUAUUUUUGUUCAGUGUGUGUGUAUAUAUAUAUCUCAACCAACAAAGUAAAAUAAAUACAAAAAUUGCAUUGAGGAGGAAUAAAAGGAAAUGUGAGUCUAAAAAAAACAUUAAGUAGGUGAAGUAGAUUUUUUAAAAAAGUACGAGGAACCUUUGGGCGUUUAUUCAGUUAAGUCUGUGUAGAAAAUAUUUCUAAGCUGAUAUUAUGCAUCAGGUCUGGAAGCUAAGGGCAAUAAACACGUUUAAAAAAAAAAAAAAAAAAAAAAAAAACGAUACAAACAAAAGACGUCUUCUCGUAACAAAUUAACGGGUAACUUCAAACGGGUAAAAGUGUUCACGACCGAUGUAUGAUAUCAUUCUGACGCCAUCAAGUUUGUCUCGUGCGUUUUUUGUUUUUUUUUGGUUAAUGCGAAACUGUCACCUGCUAUCGUUGUCGCGAGGACAGCACAGAAAACGAGAGGCGGAAAUAAAAUAAAGGAGAGACAAUACAUGAGCUCAUAUCAGUGACGUGGAGAAGGUGGGAGCGGAGUGAACGUGGAGCCAGCGGGCUGCAGCAGUGAGCAGCCUGCCUGUCAAACGUUUAGCAUCACAGCCAACAUGGCCGACUGGGACGCGGACAACUUCGAGCCGGAGGAGCCGAGUCAAAAGGCGCCACAGGACAAGUGGGAAGGCGAAGACGAAGAUGACGACGUUAAAGACAACUGGGAUGAUGAGGAAGAUGAGAAGAAAGAAGUGAACAAAACAGGGGCAAAAGUUUCUGAAAAGAAAAAGUUGAGUGAGAAGAUUAAAGAGAGAGAAAACCACUUAAAGAAAAAACAACAGGAGUUAAAAGAAAAAGAAUUGGAACAAGAGUUUACUCCUGAAGAACAACUUACAGAAAAGUUAAGAGUGCAGAAGCUUCAGGAAGAUGCAGACUUGGAGUUGGCAAAGGAUGCCUUUGGUCAGACCUCAGUAUUUUUAGUUGAGCCUCCACCAUCACUAUUCCACUGUUCCCUAAAAUAUAGAGACGGCGGCUCUUCAGUAGCUGGAAUUGAUGCUAUGUGUCCAUCUUCCAAAGAAGAAUUUACAGAGUUUGAAAAAUUGCUGAAAGAAAAGAUAUCCCAGUUUGAAAAAUCUGUGCAUUAUUCAAAUUUCUUGGAGUCAUUGUUUCGGGAACUCUGUAUUUCAUUGGAAGUUGAUGACUUGAAGAAAGUCAGUAAUUCCCUUUCAGUUCUACUUAGUGAAAAACAGAAACAAGAAAAGCAAAACAAAGGGAAAAAAAAGAAGAAAGGUGUCAUACCAGGUGGUGGUUUAAAAGCACAGAUGCGAGAUGACCUGGAAUAUUCCGGUUUUGACGGUGGCUACGCCCAAGACUACGAGGACUUCAUGUGACACAGGCUCCAUGGCAAUGGUCCUGUUCCUCUUCCAAUCCUGAUUUUUGCAGCUCUACCUUUUGCUGUCCAGUUCCAUCCUGGAAGAUCAGAACUGUGUGUUGCCCCCUUCAUCUUGCUUCAGUGACUUCAGGGACUGUACUGGAAGCAUCCAGUCUCACCUUCUCUUUAUGUUCAUCCGUAUGGAAUUGCCUUUUCUCUCUUCAUGCAGCCUGCACUCACAUUCACGUACCUGAAUUAUUUAUCUGUUGGAUAACCCUGCUUAAAGAGAGUAUACUUGUUACUGCCGUUGUCUGUUUUCAGAGCUCAUUUUCAAUGAAAUGUUGCUACUGUCCCAAUAGCAGACUGUAUUGCAGUUAUACAUCUAGUGACAUAGAAACAGAAGGUUCUAUGCAAACUCUUGAAACAGAAUGUCAUGUAUAUAGUUUAGGUCUCACUUGAGGAUGGUUCUCUUACAGAUGAGUAUAUAGUAUCUAUAACUGGUUGCCAAAUACAAAUCAUUCACCCCGUUAUUCAUGUUAACUGCAGAGGUUUUAUUCGGGUGACUGAAACUGACGUGAGUGGAGGAUGUUUAUUUACAGAAAGCACACUAUGUUAGAUUAAAGGGAAAAAUAAGUAUGUUAAUUUUGGCUUGAAAACAUGACUGCCAUUCUAUUGUCUGGGAUUUCUUCAAACAAUUGAAGACAAGCGUAUUAAGUUGUAUUUGUUGGUACAUUACAAAUAAAAUGUGCUAUCCCAAAUUGAUUUAUACUAGUGCUUGAAAACGAGGGGUCGGUGAAAUUGGGAAAAACUUGCUAAAUGAUCUAAUCAUAUGUUCCGCAAGCUUGUAUCAAGUGUGAUGAGGAAUGGAUUUAUUGGCCUCCCCCUACCAUGUCUUCAUAUGGGCUACAGUCAUUUGAAAGCAAUUUAUUUCUCCUUUUUCUAGAACUUGACCAGUUUCAAUGUUACAUGGGGAAUUGGCUAUGUUGAUGACAUUAAGAUUGCUGCAGUGUUUUAUAAACGCAAUUUAAUAAAUCACUGGUCAAAACAAA